UGACAGAUUAUGUGACAGCUGUGUGUUGUUGAUUGUUGUGUAUUUUGUUGUCCUCUGAAUUAUUUAUGUCGUCUUUUUAAUUUUAAUUUAGGAUUAAUUUUAUUUCUGAAAAUGUCGCAACAACUAAUUAAUGAAAAUAGCAAAUAUAUAUUGGAUUUAUUUUCAGAACAGACUGUUGAUUCGCAGAGCUUGGAUUCAAUAUGUGUUCAAGUACAGAAGAGGUUUCCUAAAACUGAGCAUUUCAACUUAUGUCUCCUCCUAUCGUCCCUUAUCACCGGAGGCGACCUGUCCCUGCCCGGGCAGCGGGUGGUGGCGCUGGCGCUCCUCUACGACGUGUACAAGCAAGAGAACCCCUUCAGCGCAUUGUUCCUGCACCUCCUGGAAGGCAAGCCGGGGCUGCUGCCGCUGGCGCCUCAGGAGAGGCUGUUCAUUGGCCAGCUGCAUGGGUUCAUUUCUAUUAAUAUUAAGGAUGUAAUGAAGAAGUCAGCCAAACAAGUCAUGCUCUGUGAAGUAGCGACCAAAGACUUGGACUUUGAUUACUCGCCGCUUCAGGCCAUAGUGGCUGACCGCGUGGCCGAGAUGAGUUCUAUGGCGCGAGCCACUGCCCCAGCGCUCAUCCCGCUCAGUGACGGGCCGCCCAACCGCAUCGCGCUGAAGGAGCUGCUCGAAGCACUAAUGGCGCAAGAGUACGCGCCGCUGCACCGCACGCUGCAGGCCGCCGGGCCCGUGCCGCCGCCCGCCUUCCUGCUCGACCCCAAGGACAUCCCCUUCGCGGACGAGGGCGUAUGGAAGAACUUAGUGAACCGGGGUGCAUACGUGCCCCUCUACGACCCGGAAUACGAAGGACUCACAGGCCUCAAACCAGAGAAACUGGACAGAAGAACACAUACACAGCCACAGCACAAACCUAAGGAAGAAAAGAAAGAAAAACAACCAGAACCUGAAAAAAAGAGCGAAGAAAAGGAACCAGUUAACAGCACGCAAGAAGCUAAGGAACUCACUCAGUUGGCGUUGAAGGGAGCUCUCAGUGUUCAACACCAACAGAGACUAUUGGCGUUGCUGGAUCAUGAGCCUAAUCUAGUCUAUGAUAUAGGAAUCACACCGCCACAGAUCAACCAUUCUUGA